CAUAUUCUGCCUACAGCUUUAGCCACGAAGAUAGUUGUUGGCCCUCCUCAUCAACUUAGGAGUUGCUUAUGCUUCAAAAUCCUCAAUUUAAAGUUCCUAUUCUAGGCCAAAUUUGUUCAUACGUGUUGAUCCUCAAAUUCCCUCCAUACGAGUCUUAAUCACCAAAUCUCUGUUCAAUUCUUCAGCUGUUCCCGCCAGAUUGAACUUCCUAAGGAAAAACAAUUACAGCUUACCUUGGAACAUAUUUGUACUGUUUAAAAUGGAGCUGCCUGUGAUAGAUUUGGAGCCAUACUUGAAAUUGACAAGUAGAUCCGGUUGUGGGUCUAAUCUUAAAUGUGAGUCAGAUGACUUUGCUCUUCAACCAGCUGGAGAUUUUGAACUCAGUCCGGAGCUGAAGAGUUUAUGUGAGCAGGUGGGCGAAUCUCUGAAGGAAACAGGAGCAUUACUAAUCCGAGAUCCCAGAUGCCCAGCUCAGGAAAACGAUAGAUUUCUGGACAUGAUGGAAAUGUAUUUUGAAAAAUCAGAUGAAUUCAAGCGCAAGCAAGAGCGCCCAUAUCUCCACUAUCAGGUAGGAGUGACACCAGAAGGAGUUGAGUUGCCUAGGUCUGCCGUAGAUAUAGAGAUGCAAUUAAAAAUAAAAAAUAUAGCAGAGGAAUAUCGACCCAACAUUCCUGUUGGACCUGAUCCUAAAUGGAGAUACAUGUGGAGGGUGGGGCCUCGACCAUUGAAGACACGCUUUCAGGAACUAAAUUCGGAGCCUGUUGUACCAGAGGGUUUUCCAGAAUGGGUUGAUACAAUGAAUGGAUGGGGCUAUAAGAUGAUCUCUGCUGUGGAGGUUGUUGCAGAGAUGGCAGCUAUUGGAUUUGGGCUUUCAAAAGAUUCUUUUACAUCGCUUAUGGUAGAGGGACCUCAUUUACUUGCUCCUACAGGUAGUGAUCUUUUGAGGCAUGGAAAAGAAGGAACUGUAUUUGCAGGUUAUCAUUAUGAUCUCAAUUUUCUGACAAUCCAUGGUCGAAGCAGAUUCCCUGGUCUUCACAUUUGGUUGCGAAAUGGUCAGAAGGUUGAAGUUAGUGUUCCUGUAGGGUGUCUUUUGAUCCAAGCUGGCAAGCAGCUUGAGUGGCUCACGGGAGGCCAUUGCCUGGCUGGAAUGCAUGAAGUUGUUGUCAGUAAAAAGACUCUUUCAGCUAUUGAAGCAGCACAUCAGGCUGGACGCAGCUUGUGGAGGGUUUCUUCUACUGUUUUUGGACACAUUGCUUCCGAUGCAAUAUUAAAACCACUGGGUCACUUCGCAGAUUCAUCUCUUGCUCCAUGUUAUCCUGCCAUGUGUGCUGGGGAUUUUGUGGAGUUAGAACUUGCAGCCAUAAAUCUCAAAAAAAAGCAAGAUAGCUUUUCAAAUCCAGAAGAUGGGAGCUGUGAGCAACAAAAGGUGGACUAGUCACCUUUAAAAAUAGAAGAAAAAGCAGAAGGGCCUCCGAGAAAUAUCAGUAUCCUUUUGAUCUUUGCAUACGUUUCACUUGGGGAUCUAAUCGUCUUAGAACAAUGAAACAAUAUUAAGAUUGGCUACAGCCAAUUGUUUAUAAACGCCUUUUUAAAGUCCAUAUAAUCUUCAGAUGUCAUCUAUUAAAUAAAGCGUAUAAUCUGAAGAAUAGAACAGACUCGAUGUUUCUAUUGGUCAUUUAUAAUCAUGGUAUCCUCGAUUUGGAAAUCCUUGAAAACUUCAAACUUGGUCAAAUUAUUUUGGAUCCCGUGUACUGUGAUGAGUUACCAUAAAAAUGUCUUUGCCAAUAAGAGAAAGAUAAUCAGAAGAGAGAGAAUUAGAAAAGUGAUGUAUGCAAAAACAAACCAAAAAAAUAGUAAAACGGGGCUUUCGCACUUGGGCGAAAUUUUAUUUUUUUAAGAAAUCCCAUAUUGGUUUUUUUUUUCA